AUGCCGGCCCCAACGCGCAUCACACGACCGGUGGUGGAGCCCAGCAAGGGGCAAGGAAUCGGGCUGGCGACAGUGACGGUCACCGGCAAAACGACGCUCCAUCAGUCGAGGACCCGAUUCCUGCCGGUGGAGUUCGAUCGGCAUGGCAAAGCUACUCUCAAACCGGACCCGCUCCGGCCGACGAGCGUUCAGGAUUUCUACAAACUGCGCGACGAGUGCCUGCGCCGUGGCACCCUCUUCGAGGAUCCCGAAUUCCCGGCCGACGAUUCGUCCCUCAACGUGACGCGCCUGACCAGCCGCUCGAGUCAGUUCAAAUGGAUGCGCCCACGGGAACUAAAUCCGGGUGCCGUCUUCUCGUCCGAUGGCUUCUCGCGGUUCGACAUCCAGCAGGGCCUGCUCGGUGACUGCUGGCUGCUGGCGGCGGCCGCCAAUCUGACCGUGCAUCCGGUCCUGUUCCAUCGUGUCGUCCCGGACGAUAACGAUGGGCUGGAUGGGAACGCGCGUUACGCCGGUAUCUUCCACUUCCGCUUCUGGCGCUUCGGCCAGUGGUACGACGUGGUGGUGGACGACCGUCUGCCGACACUCCACGGUCAGCUGGCGUACAUCAAGUCGUCGGCGAAGAACGAGUUCUGGAGUGCACUGCUUGAAAAAGCGUAUGCCAAGCUGUUCGGAUCGUACGAAGCACUCAGCGGUGGAACGGCCAGCGAAGCGAUGGAGGAUUUUACCGGUGGCCUAACGGAGGGCUACGAGAUGAAGGGCGCUCCGAAGGAUCUGUUCGAGAGGAUCGAGAAGGGGUGCGCCAACCUCGCCAUGUUUGCCUGCAGCAUCGAGGCUGGUGCCGGGGAGAUGGAACAGGAGACAGCGCAAGGGCUGGUGAAGGGCCACGCGUACUCGAUCACCAAGGCGCAGGCGGUGGACAUAGAAACGCCCCGGGUGAAGGGCAAGAUCCAGCUGCUCCGUCUGCGCAAUCCGUGGGGCAACGAGAACGAGUGGAACGGCGCGUGGUCGGACAAGAGUGCCGAGUGGGGCUUCAUCAAGGAGGAGACGAAGCGUGCGAUUGGCCUCACGUUCGAGGUGGACGGUGAGUUCUGGAUGUCGUAUCCGGAUUUUGUGAAGUACUUCGAUCGGGUCGAAAUGUGCCACCUCAGUCCGGACUGUCCGAUCGCGCAGCGAGAGGGCCGGUUCGGGUGGCGCCAGUCGUCGUUCGAGGGCGAAUGGGUGAUUGGCAGUACGGCCGGCGGUUGCCGUAAUUUUCUGGAGACGUUUUGGCACAAUCCCCAGUAUGUGAUCCGGCUGGAGGAUCCGGACGAGGACGACGACGAGCAGCAGUGUACACUGAUCGUGUCGUUGAUCCAGAAGAACCGCCGAUCGAAGCGAAACAAGGGCAUCGCCUGUCUGACGAUCGGGUUCGCAUUGUACCGAGUGGAGCCGAGUGACCUGCAGCAAAAACCACUGCCCCGCGACUGGUUCGCUAGCCACCUGAGUGCUGCCAAGUCCACGUUCAUCAACCUGCGCGAGGUGACCUGCCGGUUUCGGCUGCCGCCUGCCACGUACGUCAUCGUGCCCUCAACGUUCGAUCCGAACGAGGAGGGCGAGUUCAUGAUCCGGGUGUUCUCCGAGUGCCCGAGCAAUUUGCAGGAAAACGACAGCCUCAUCAAACUGGACUCGGUACCGACGGUACCGGAUGCUAAAGCAAUGACACCAACGAAACCGUCGAAUGAUUCGACGGUAACCGAUGCGCAGCGAGCGGCCAUGGAACGGCUGUUUGUGGAGGUCGCCGGAGAAGACGCAGAAGUCGAUUGGAUGGAGCUGAAGCUUGUGCUGGAUCGGUGCUUCCGUGAGGACAUUGCCAAGGCGGCCCGGGGCAUCUCGCAAACGUACCAAACUUACGCGGUGCCACCGCAGAAAGACCCGUCCGGCAACUCGGACGCAGCCAGCAUCCGGAACGAAAUCUGUGGCAUGUGGCCGAUGCUGCAAACGUUCUUCCGGAACUUGGCCGGUGGCGAUAACCGCCCCGCGUUAAACGGAGGCACCGCGGCCGGUAUAGAAGCGGACCUAAUGCUUAGCGAAAGUGCCACACAAACGCGCGCUGAUCCCUCGAAUCCGGGCUUCUCGAAGGACGCUUGCCGUGCCAUGGUGGCCAUGCUGGAUGAGGAUGGAUCCGGCAAGCUGGGCCUCAGUGAGUUCCAGAAACUACUAUCGGAGAUCGCGCGCUGGAAGGCCGUCUUCAAGCAGUACGAUCAGGAUCAAAGCGGUCGCAUCAAUCCGUUCGAGUUGCGGGCCGCCCUCCAGUCGGCCGGAUACAGUCUCAACAAUCACAUCAUAAACAUGCUGAUGCACCGGUACGGUUCGCGCGAAGGUGAAAUUUGGUUCGAUGACUUUGUCACCUGUGCCGUCAAGAUCCGCACCAUGUUUGAUGCUUUCCGUGCGAAGGACUUGGGCAACCAGAACGUGGCGCGCUUCACGCUCGAGGAAUGGAUAGCCAAGACAAUUUAUUCUUAGAACGGGAAUUAUGCCGUACUGCCGUAAGACUGCGGGUCCACAAUGCGAGCUUUUGGUGUUUAACGUAUCACUAAUGCACAAACCGGGGAACGGACCCGGAUCCACAGGAUCCGGUUGGGGGACACCAAUUGUUAAGCGUAAUCGUCGAAAUGUGAACCUUUAUUGAAGUACAAGCUUUUACCAACACGCAACU